CAGUCACAUGACCUCGCUGGCUGGCUACUUCCUGAUCGUCGCUUGUUUUCCUGCAGGACAGAAAAAUGUCGGAUGUGUGUUGAUGUCUCGCUGCAGCCUGGAUCCUGACCGCCGGGACUGAAGAGGACAAACAUCCGGGUGAUAGCACCUCCAGCCUGCCUGUGGCGUCCACCGCGUUCACCUGACAUCUUUUUGUUUGCAGAGACAUGGUCGCCGGAGGAGGGGCGGGUAGCUAGCUCGGAGGAUAACACCCCCUUCCCUAACACCGCCCGGCUGUCGAUUUCCCACAACAAAACAAACCCGUCGUCUGAUUGAAGACGAUUGAUUUGUCUCAGCCCUUCUUCUAUUCACUGUAAGUGGUGGCUGCUUCGCGUUAGCUCGGAUUUCUCAGAACCCGCAGCCGUCAUCAUGUCCAAGUACACCAGCUUCCCAGACCCGGCCGAGGACCACAACCCAUUCCAGGACCCUGCAGUGACUCAACACAGCAGCAACACAGGAUAUGCCACACUGGACCUCUACAACCCAUUUGACAACACGACCACUGGACCUCCGCCACCGUACGAGGCCACUUCCCCCUCUGCUCCAUCUGUGCCUGCGCAGACCCCACCCAGCAGGACAACGCCCACUGAGCCACGCAACUAUGGCUCCUACACCUCCCAGACUGCGGUGAAUGCCACCACGGCGGAGCUGCUGAGGAAGCAGGAGGAGCUGGAGAAGAAAGCCCGGGAGCUGGAGAGGAGGGAGCGGGAGCUGGAGUCGCACAGCCUGGGACCUGGAGCCUCCCGUCAGAAUAACUGGCCCCCGCUGCCCUCAUUCUGCCCCGUGGGCCCCUGCUUCUACCAGGACAUCAACGUGGAGAUCACCCAGCGUUUCCAGCGCACUGUCACCAUUAUGUACUACUUCUGGAUGUUCUCCGCUUGCACGCUGCUCUUCAACCUGAUCUCCUCCCUGGCCAUGUUCUGCGUGGACCCCUCUGGCGGUGUGGGCCUGGGCCUCGCCAUCCUGUGGGGGCUCCUCUUCACCCCCUGCUCCUUCGUCUGUUGGUACCGACCUAUGUACAAAGCCUUCAGGAGUGACAGCUCCUUCAACUUCUUCGUCUUCUUCUUCAUUUUCUUUGCCCAAGUGGUCACCUCCGUCAUCAUGACUAUCGGCAUCCCAGGAUGGGGUUUCAGCGGGUGGAUCGUGAGUCUGGCUGCUCUGAAUACCAGCGUCCCCGUCGGAGUGAUCAUGAUGAUAAAUGCCAUCUGCUUUACUGCCCAAGCCGCCAUGGGGGUCGUCAUGCUGAAGAAGGUCCACAGUCUGUACAGGCAGACCGAUGCCAGCUUCCAAAAGGCCCAGGCUGAGUUCGCCACCGGAGUCAUGUCCAAUCAGGCUGUACGCCAGGCCGCCACCAGCGCUGCCACCAAUGCCGCCCAGGGGGCCUUCACCGCGCCUCGGUAGAGAGGCACAAGAGGGGCCAGGAGGGUGAGAAGAUGGAGGAACAGUUCAGUAUUAAUUUCCCCACAGAUGAUUAGAAUUUGAUUGGGGGGAGGCUGUGUCUUUACAAUUACCCCGGGACACCUAAACUUUAGGGCACUUGCAUGAGACAGAGGUGGGGUUGUCUAACUUCAAAAUACAGUCAUUUAAAUGUACAGGACAAGUUAGCUAUAUUGCCAAAACAUGAGUCAGCAUAUCACACAUGUUGAUCGAAAGAAAUAGAAAAAUUAUGUGAAAACGAUAAGAUGUCGAUGCUGUAAGAAACCUGUAUCACUGAAUGCUUUUUAUAUGAAGACGACGAGCUGCGUGUGCCAAGUGGGAUAGUACUAACGUGCAUAUGUCCAAAAUCUAAAUGGCCUGGAUGUACAUUGUGUUUACGAGGAGUCAUGUUUCACGACAGAUGUGAGAGUUGGAGCUGAACACUGAAACGCUGCCAGUCUAACACGUGAUCCAUAUCUGAGCGGAUCAGCUUCAGCCAUCCCUACUUUCUGUUGCUUCACUGUAAAACUAACACGUUGUUUUUGUUGUUGUUGUUCCAAUUGAGAAUGCCUAUUUGCCGUGUUUGCCAAAACCUCUCAUACUAUCAGGUUAUGAAUAUGCGUUGUUUUUGGUUACAUUAUACUGUACCUGUCACUGGUCUGUUUGUGCAACUUGUGGUUCUUAUGAUUAUUAUAAUUCACUGUCUUGGUUUAAUAAAAAAAUUAAUUGUCUUGCUUAUACAGUCAA